AUGGAAGCAAGUAAUAAUACCAGCCAUUAUCACUCAUUACUGAUCCUUCUUCUAGCCUUCAUUUUCUUUCUUAACAUCAACUACCCAACAACCUCAGCACUGGAACUUGAAGAGUUAACCAAUAGAGUUGCCAUUGAUUUAUGUAACAAGUUCUCAGAUCUCAUUUUCUGUCUAGAUGCACUUGGAAGUGAUCCCAGAACUGAAACAGCAGAUCUUUAUGGAUUAGCCAUGAUCUCCUUCGACCUUGCUCGAACCAAUUUCACUCAAGCUUCAUCAUUUGCAGCCCAACUGAGUAACCAAACCAAAGAUCCAUCACUCAAGUCAUGCUUAGACUUGUGCAAAGUGAUAUAUGACAAUGGAAACUCUAUGCUCCAACAAGCUCGUUCAUUUGCAGAGGCAAAUGUUCUUAUGAGUGCUGAAGCGAAUAUGGCAGAUGUUACAUGGGCUAUUGUUCCCAAAUGUAUGGAUGAAUUCAAGAAACGCGGCGUCGAUGAUUCACCAUUGAGGGAGAAGAACCAUUUUGUGCAGACUUUGUCUGCAUUGUCUGUUAGGAUACUGCAAGCUCUCCAGGGAAAGGUUCUACUUGAUUAA